GCCAACACAGACCUCGGCCCUGAAGCUGGCCAGACUCUAUCGUGCUGUUUUUGAAGUCAGCAAAACAGAAAUCCCAUUACGAUCUUUGUCUGAUGCUGCUGGGAGCUCAAAGCUGAAGGAGAGAGGAUUCCAACCCGGCAUAAUCACAACGCCAGAGGUGGCCAGUUACAGAAUUGCCAAGUGUCUCUGCUGUGUGGACCCCGGAGACAAAUGUAAGUUUCUGUGGCACUGUGUUUCACUGCCGUGUAAUUUUGUUUCUGGGUGGAGACAUGCUUGGUCAGAAUGUGAUGGCUGCCAUGAGAAUUUCUGGUUUGGAAAGUUGUCUACUAAUCUUCAGGACUUUUCCUUUCAUUAAUUAACUAAGCGGCAAAACAAGCUGAAAUUCCUGGCAUCAGCCUAAGGCUGACUGAGAACUGUGACCCAAAGUAUAAGCAAUUACUAUGGGAUUGACACUGGUAAUGUUUUUAAUUGACUUUCGCAAAGAAGAGCGCACACGUCCUGCUGGCUCAGAUCACAUGCACUUUUAACUUCGCAGUGGCUUCACUGGUGAGAUCAGCCGCUCCGGCCGGCAAGAGCCGCAGGAGGAGAUGCCCCGCAGCUACAAAACUUUUCUUCUGUGCUCGGGAGUGCAUUUGUCUCUGCAAAUAUUUAAAAUGUGGCUGUUUUGCCUUUUCUUUGGUCAAAAAUACAACCCAACUACGGUCUCCUACUACAAUUGUGAAGGACAGAGAUAAAAUAAAGAGCAAUCGCGUUCGCUCUUUGGCUGGUGCGGUGAUGCCCGGAGAGGAAGGCAGCCAGAGCUCGCGCACACGCCUGCUGCGCCAGGACCCGGGCGCCUGUGAACGGUGAGCCCACCUGAAGCCGGCUCGUCUACACACCAGACAUGGAAAUUCUUCGUGAAGAAAAUGUUUCUCUGAGCUUGAUCCCAAACUCCUUGAUGCAACUAAGCGGUGACACCCGGACCUGCAGCAAUGACUUUAACUCUGAGGAAGGUAACAGUUCUGACGCCUCUAACUGGACGAUCGACUCUGAAAAUCGCACGAACCUUUCCUGCGAAGGGAACCUCCCCCCAACGUGUUUCUCCAUCUUUCAUCUCCAGGAAAAAAACUGGUCUGCUUUGCUGACAGCUAUCGUGAUUAUUCUAACCAUUGCGGGAAACAUACUUGUCAUCAUGGCAGUGUCCCUCGAGAAAAAGCUACAGAACGCCACCAACUACUUCCUCAUGUCACUGGCCAUAGCUGAUAUGCUGCUGGGCUUCCUCGUCAUGCCCGUGUCCAUGCUGACCAUCCUGUACGGGUACCGCUGGCCUUUGCCUAGCAAGCUCUGUGCAGUCUGGAUUUACCUAGAUGUGCUCUUCUCCACCGCCUCCAUCAUGCACCUCUGCGCCAUCUCACUGGACCGCUACGUCGCCAUUCAGAACCCUAUCCACCACAGCCGCUUCAACUCUAGAACCAAGGCAUUCCUGAAGAUCAUUGCUGUUUGGACCAUAUCCGUAGGUAUAUCCAUGCCAAUCCCAGUCUUUGGACUACAGGAUGAUUCCAAAGUCUUUAAGGAGGGGAGCUGCCUACUUGCUGAUGACAACUUUGUUCUCAUAGGCUCUUUUGUGUCAUUUUUCAUCCCCUUGACCAUUAUGGUGAUCACCUAUUUCCUAACUAUCAAGUCACUCCAAAAGGAAGCCACUUUGUGUGUAAGUGAUCUUGGCACAAGGGCCAAAUUAGCUUCCUUCAGCUUCCUCCCACAGAGUUCUCUGUCUUCGGAAAAGCUCUUCCAGCGGUCGAUCCACAGGGAGCCGGGGUCCUCGACAGGCCGGAGGACGGUGCAGUCCAUCAGCAAUGAGCAGAAAGCAUGCAAGGUGCUGGGGAUCGUCUUCUUCCUGUUUGUCGUGAUGUGGUGCCCGUUCUUCAUCACAAACAUCCUGGCCGUCAUUUGCAAGGAGUCAUGCAACGAGGAUGUCAUAGGAGCCCUGCUCAACGUGUUUGUGUGGAUCGGUUACCUCUCCUCAGCGGUCAAUCCUCUGGUCUACACGCUGUUCAAUAAGACCUACAGGUCUGCCUUUUCUCGAUAUAUUCAGUGUCGGUACAAGGAAAACAAAAAACCAUUGCAGUUAAUUUUAGUGAACACUAUACCAGCAUUGGCCUACAAGUCUAGCCAACUUCAAGUGGGACAAAAAAAGAAUUCAAAGAAAGAUGCUAAGACAACAGAUAGUGACUGCUCUAUGGUCACUCUUGGCAAACAACAUUCAGAAGAGAGUUGUACAGCCCAUAUCAACACCGUGAAUGAGCAGGUUAGUUGUGUGUGACAGGCUGGCUGCCAUGGCAGUUGGCGAGCAAAUUUUCACCUACCAUGAGGAAAAAUGAGACUGGAAAAAAUCAGGCUCCUCUGGUGAAAUCAACUGUCUAUAUGCCUCACUGUCUUCUGCCAAUGAAGAGCAGGGUUAAAUGCCACAGAUUGUGCACCCUUAAAAUGUGCUGAGUGCAUCUCUGCCACCAGUUUUAUGAUGCUUUCGACAUUGUCAAUGAGGCAUUUAAAAAAUUUGCUCUUAUUGUGAAGUAUGAGACCCUAAAUAAAUCUAAAUGAACUUCUAUUGUUAAAUAGAAACCUUGCUGCUAUGCAGUUAAUUAAUGGUAUGGGGCUGAAGCCAGUUACCUGUUACUGUAUAUAAAAACAGCUAUCAAUAGUGAAAACAUUGUUGACUGUAAUAGCAACUUAGAGAAAAAUUCUUUUAAAAAUUCAACAUGACAUAUUUUGAACAGAAAAGACACUAAGGACAGUAUCAUAAAGUUUGUAUUGAUAAGUUAAUUAGUUGAAAUACUUGACAAUAUUUUUCGUUCCUGCUUUUCAUCACCAUUUUGAAAUAUCCACAUUUCUGAUAUUUCACACUCUAGGACAUUAAAAGGAUUUUUAAUAUUAGUGAAUAACCAUUGUUGCUUUCUCUUCUAUUCUGUGCUUUACUUUGGAUUUAUGGUAUGAUCUUUUUUAAUAUAUUGUCUUCUAUCUAAACUACUGAAAGGAUAAUUUAGCAUUUCCAAACACAUUUCUAGAUAUUUCUUCUCAAAAACAAUACCAUAAAAGUAUGUAGGAGCUCAUUAUGAAAUGGUCACAUUACAUAUGUUCUCCUAUAAGCAAUGAACAGUAUGUUGAGAUAGCUAUUUGAGAAUUCAAGAAUAAACUCAGGUUUACAGCUGUUCACAGAAGUAGAUUCUUAGAAUAUGUCUAUAAAACUACAUGACUUCCCUAUUGACACCUAUCAUGCAAAAUUGAUACUUUCAAACCAAUCAAUAUGUUGUUUAUUAAAACAUAACAACUUGGUUCCACAAUGAUCUAUAUGUGGAGCAAUUUUUUAAAUACUACAUAGGGAUAGAAAAAUACAUUUCAACAGUCCGUGCUUUUUGAUAAAGGUGAUCUAAGUGAAAGAAAAAUAAAAAGGUGUAAAUAGAUUUGUUUGUAGAACUAGUUCCAUUGAUUUCCUUCUUACCCAGGUGAGGAAAAAGUUUGUUUCAACUUUGAAAAGAGUUUCCUUUAUUAGUUACCAAUGGAUGCCAGGCAAAUAAGGAAGUGAGGAAAUAAUAGAGCUGAAAUCAAACAUUACAGUUAAUAGACAAAUGUGCACCUCACUCUGGACCCACUUAUGACUACCAAAUUUUUAAACAAAAUGUUUCUCCUAUCCCUCUAAAAAUGCACUAAUUUUAGUGUUAUGGACACUAACCUCCCAAUCAAAAAGGAAAUAAAUAUGAUAUUUUUAUAGAAAUAGCUGUCAAAGAGUAGACUACAUAGUAGUAAACACACCUUGAUAUUGUAAUAGUCUAGGUUAACUUGCACAUUGGUGUUGGAAAAGAUGUUAGGUACAUAAUUAUAAUGCUGAAACAUUUCUACCUUAUACCAGAGUGUUUUCUCUAAACAUUUAGAAAAAAACACAGAUUAGGAAAUUAAAGAAUGCAAGAAGCUUUAUUAACUAAAUUGGAAAUGAAUUAGAGCUUUCUAAUUAUGUUUUUAUAGAUACAUUGAAAUAUUGUUCACCAAAGGCAAAAUUUAUAAUAUAUCAUUAGUAUUGAGGCUGAAUUUGAACUGAAGUAUUCCUUAAUGAUUAUACCAUAUGAAAACAUACACAUUAAAAAGUUUCUGCUAAAAGGUGUGUGUCUUAGUUUAAAAUUCUGCACAUGUCACUCAGUAUUAGGGAAAAGAUUACAGAUGCUAUUCCAGGUACUUAAUCUUGACCAAAAUAAACAUAAAUACUACCUGACAAAUGUCUUUUGGCUACACAUAUAAUUAGCAGUAUGUCUGUGAAUUUUUUCCUCUCUACUCAAGUGUAUAUAAGAGAAUCAUGUACCUGUAUAUAUGUACAGACAUGUUCCCAUGCACUCUAUUCAAUAUUUAUAUAUUUAUAUGGAACAAAAUAAAGUCAAUGAAAACAUUCAGUGUACAUACACUCAUGUGCAUGUUUGUAUCAUGUUGAUUUAAAUGUGAAUUCAUGUUCUAAUAGUCCUAUUACCUUCCAUUACUGACAAAGGAAAUUAUAGUGUGACAGAGGUAUAUCCCUUAAAUAACUGGAAGUUGCUUUAAUUUUGUGGAAAGUCUUUAACACAAAUCUAACAGGGUAGUGAAAACAAUAGUCCAUAUAUAUAGUUUAUUGAUCUUAAAUCAAAUGGUAACUUAAGGCCUUUCCUUUAGCCUAGGACUCCUGACUACCAUGGCUUUAUAAAUUCCCUCUGCACUCCAGUAGAAAAAGUCCUCAAUGAUUGAUGGGUCCAAGAAGAAAGGAUUCACUCCUAGACAAUACUACUAAAGCUUAGUAACAAACCUCACUCUAAGUGAAGUGAUAGAUUUUUGUACACUUAAGGAAUCAAAUGUCAUAGUUAAGAAAAACAUUUAAACUAUAUGUAAUCUACUUGGCCACAUCUCAUGGUCAUUGUUUAAAGAUGCUACUGCAUUCAAACUAAACUGUUACUUAUGCUGCUUUUAGCAAAGGGUGCUUCUCCCAUUUGCUCAUCAAUGAAACAUAUUUAUAAACUGUUAAAUUAUUCUGUGCUUAUGUAACAAACACAAGUGAGGAUUAUUUUGUGUACUUAUUUUACCUUAUUCUAAAAGAUUUCAAGAAUGAAUAAGUAAUUGUAAAUAAAAUAUGCUACUAAA